AAAAACCAUCAAGCCACCUGGCCUUUAUUUUGAAAAUCCACCAUGCUAUGGCGUUUCCCUCGCACGUCCUAAACAAACCCCACUGAUAUGAACUUGACUUGUAGGAUCAGGAGAAAAACCUUAUAAUGGCCAAUCCAUUGAGAGGAGAGGUGACCAGAUUGUAUAAAAAUCUUCUGUAUCUUGGCCGGGACUAUCCUAAAGGAACUACAUACUUUAGGGAGCGUCUAAAAACAGCUUUCAUGAAGAACAAAGAUGUCACUGAUCCUGAGAAAAUUAAACAUCUGAUUGACCGUGGAGAGUUUGUGAUUAAAGAACUUGAGGCGAUGUAUUUCCUGAGGAAGUACAGAACAUUGAAGAAACGCUAUUAUGAACCAGAGCACUAAAAUCUUUUAAAACUCUCUGUGCCAAACUAUAAAUGUAUGCAGAAUCAAAAGUUCAAUUCAGUUUCAGCAAAUGUCUUUUAUAUAUUUGGAUGCUUAAAAUUUUCCAUUUUUGGACAAAUGUUUUUUUUACUGCUACUGUAGUAAGAUUUCAGAAAGUUUCCCCAUGUGUUUGUGUUUGUAUAUAAAAUUAGAAAAAGAAAAGUUGUGCAAACAUUUUCAUCUUUAUAAUAUUUCUAAGGCAAACUCUGAGUAGAUAUCUCCAUAUCACAGAAAGCAUGGUUUGAUUUUCCAAGCGAUAUUUCUAGCUCUUGUGCAAGAUCAAGCUUUCCCGCAGUACCUAAAACCUGUAAAUGCAAAAAAAUAGAAAAUGCUCAUAGUUAUAAAAUAUUAUAAGUGCGUAUGUUUAUAUGUACAUGUAUAUAUGCAUUAAAGUCUGUAUUUACCUUUUC